AUGGAUCCAUUUAAUGAGGUUGAGACAGAUUGCUGGUCCCAAAUUAACUCUUUGGAGACGUUUAUUCAUCUGACAAGACAAAUAAAUGAGAAUGCUAAGUUGGACUACCAGAACAAUUAUCAAGAAUUGGCUGAAACAGUGGAGGAUUUAAAGCAAGCAGUCAUCAUCUCAGAAUCCAAUCCUUCUCACUUCAACUUAAGUCCAUCAGAAAUCGUCAAUAGGAAGCAAAUAUUGUCUCAGUUACAGAAAAAGAUGGAAACGUUAGACAAUGAGUGGAUUGAAAGAAUAAAUAACCCCCACCGUCCGAGAGAAGUGACCACCAUGAGCAAUAGAAUUAGCGACGACGAUGGCGAAAACCCCUUUAGCGAUAGCCAAAGAAUUAACCGCGAGUUUACUCAGUUCCAAGAACAAGAAUACAUCCAGUCACAAGAUCUCCAACUUGAUCUGAUUCAUAAAACAAUGCAGAGCCUUAACCAACAAGCCACGUUAAUGGGUGGAGAGUUGGAAGAUCAAGGGUUCAUGCUUGAAGACUUGGACAAUGAGAUGGACACAGUGGGAAACAAACUACAGAGAGGUUUGAAGAGAGUGAACUUUGUCAUCGAAAAGAAUAGAGAGACGGCAAGCAACUGGUGUAUCGGAAUACUUGUUGUUGUCUUGUGCAUUUUACUAGUUUUGUUGAUUGUUGCCUGA